GUGACUGACAGUUUGAAACAAAAAGCUUCCACUCUGGUAUAUAUCUAUAUCAAUAUAUAAGCUGUAUCAGGAUGAAGAUUGCAAAAGUAAACAUUACAGCCAUACUGCUUAUGUGCAUAUCAUACGCGCAUGCCAAGUGUCGCUGCCAGCAAAUUACAACGGUGGUCAAUGGACAAAUUGUGUGUUCGUGCAACCCAGGCUAUAAAGUCAACCCAGCUAAUACUGCUAAAUGUCUAGACAUCGAUGAAUGCAAUGCACAGCCAAGUCCAUGUCAACAAGUUUGUACCAACACUAUUGGAAGCUACACCUGCUCAUGUAAUGAUGGAUACGUCAUAAAUAGCACAGACCCUACACAGUGUGAUGAUUAA